AUGAAUUUAGAAUUGUAAUAGAUGUUGAUUGAAGAUUUGAAUGCCAAAUUGCUUCAACGUGCUGAAUUGAUAGGACAAUAUGAAGAAUUGGAAGAGUUAUUGGAAUUUCAUAAAACCAAUAGUACUUUCGAAUAUAGUAUUGCUAUCAAACUUGAAUAGUUGGAAAAAGAAAUUUAAAGCAAUAUUUGUUCAGAUUAAAAAAUUAAGAGUACAAUAAUGAAAGAAAGAGAGAAAUUAAAUUAAGAACUAACAAAAAGAAUAGAAGAAUAAACUCUAUAAGUUUUUGAAUAAUACAUGAUUAAUUGGAGUAAUUGUAUUGAUUAAAAUAAGUAAGUGAUUUUAAGGGAUUCAGAGUUAUACAUGGAGAAGAGAAGUAUUAAUAAUUACUACUAGAAUAACAGAAAUAAAUAAAGGAAAUGAUUUCAACUUAAUACAAUAAAAAGAUAUAAGGAAUUACAUAAAUUUAUAAAUAAUUCAACUAAAUAGACUAAGGCAUUUAGUAUAAUAUAUAAUACGUAGACAAUGAUUUGACAAUUUAAUUGAAUUAAUAAUAAAAUAAGCCAAAUUAAUCAAUGACUCAAAAGAAAGAUGAUACACUUUAAUUAUCUUAAAUGUAAAUUGAAUAAUUAUUAUUUUAAGAAUACAAUAAAUUGAGUACUCCAAAUAAAUAAUUAAUUUAUAAUAAUAAGAUGACUCUCUAAUAUAACACAUGGAUGAAUUCAAUAAUAUUAUGACUAAGUAAUCACAUCCAAUUAAAUUAUAAACCAUCUAUGAAGAAUAAUAAUAAAAUAAUAAUUGUCAUAUUAGAUAGCAUCAUCAUAGUAAAACUAUAUUUAGUCAUAAACAUUCAACUGCAUUAAGUCCUUAAAUGUCUAAAUCUUAAUUUAAUAAAGAGACUACUUUAAAAAAAUCUUUAACUAAAGGAACCUUGUUACUCAAAAAAUUCUCAAAUAAAACAUCUAAACGAGAAUUUGAUGUAUUUCAACAUUAAAAUCCUACUUAAUUAGGUUAUGGUUUAAGAAUGGCAUAAUUAACAUAAGAUAGAAUUGAAUUUAGAAAUCAAUUAAAACCAUAGAUAAUUGAUUCCUCAUUGCUACUGUCUCAAAUUUUAAGAGUUAUCAUUCCUAAAUAAAUAUAGGGAUAUUUGAAGAGAAGGGUGACCAAAAUAAAAGAAAAAGAAAAUAAUAUUCCAAAUCUUUCUUAUUGGCCUAUGCAAAUUUUAACUUUAAAUUAAGGAUAAAUUGAUUUGUUGUUCUAUUCUUAAGAUCAUAUGAUGGAUUGGUAUAAUGGUUUAAUGAAUGUAAAAAAUAUUAAUUAAUGAAAUAUUUCAAAUUAUUUACUCUCAUUUCAAUUACAAUAGGUUCUUAGAUUCAUUAGCAUAUUCAUCAUCUUCAAAGUUCAAGCUCUUUAGAUACUUAAUUAUUGGUUGUUGGUGUUGUAUGCAUAACAUUCUCAAUUCUUUUAUUGUGGUUUAAUGAAAGAAGAGCAGCUAUUAAUUCAUAUCGACUUUAAUAUGCAAGAUAACAUUGCAUUUCCUUAACUUCUUUUUAAGAAUCAAACCCUUAAGAUUUAAUACAUGUUACAGGUUAAUUAAUAACUGAUGAAUUAAUUACUGACAAGGAUUUUGGGGUUUCCUAAAUAAAUUGUGUUAAAUUACUUAGAAAUGUAGAAAUGUUUUAAUGGGUCAAAGGAGAAAAAUAGUAAGAGUAAAAAUGGGUUGACAAUUAUGUUUAGAAUCAUUUUGGAUAUACUAAUGAUAAAUCUAAAUGGAUUUUGAAUUCAGAGACAAUUUUAAAUUCAAGUGUAAAAUUGAAUCAAUAUUAAUUGGCGGAUGAUAUGAAAAAACAACUUAACACUCCUAUAGAAACUGUUAAAUUGAAUUAAGCAAAUGUUUAAAUAGCUUAAUAAAAAUUUAAACAUAGUGGAUUUAGUCGAUUGUAAAAUUAUUUAUUUAUUUUAAGUUUACUAUAAGAUGACUAUAUUUAUAUGCAUUAAGUAGAAGAUUAAAUUGUAAAUGGAGAUAUAAGAAUAUCUUUUAAAUAAGUAACUUGUAGCGAUGUCACAAUAAUAGCUAAAGGUAUUAUGAAUUCUCUUGUGGUUUGGCAAUUUGAAGAUAUUUUUAAUUAAACUGUUGCUAGAGAUUAUUAAGAACAUGAAAGAACUUGUUGCCAUCUUCCAGUUCCUAUUGAAAAUAAACCAAUUAAAGAAAUUUAUUGGAUAUUUUAAGGUCUUUUCACACCUGAAGAAUGUUUUUCUAAAAUUGUUAAUGAAAAUUCUUUGCUUUUUUGGAUUUUUAGAAUUAUUGGAUAUAUUUUAAUAGUAAAUAUAUAUAAAUAUAAUUUAAUAGGCAGUUGGAACAAUUAUUUUAUUAUCUCCUGUAUCAUUUUUAACUGAAUUUAUUCCAACAACAAAACUGACUGGAUUCAAAUUUUUAAUAUUUGGUAGUGUUUCUGCCAUUCCUAUUACAAUAUUAUCUGUUUGCAUUUCUUGGAUAUACUAUCGACCUAAAAUUGGAUUACUUAUGCUUUUGAUAUCGAUAAUUUUAGGUGGAAGCAUUUUUUAUUAUGGCUACUUAAAUUAAUGA